GACGUGGUGGUUCUUAUAGCAGGUCAUUGAGCUGCCUGCCCCCUGCCUGUAGACAGCUGACUGACUUUGGUAGACUUUCUUCUUCUUUUUUUUCUUUCUGUCUGCUUCUGCUAUUUGUACGUCACUUCCGUCACAGCUUUUGAGUUUUCGAGCAAAGAUGGCGACGGCGCAGCUAACCGACGAGGAGCUUUUCUCCGAGUUAAAGCGCUUUGGGUUCAGCCCAGGCCCGGUGUCCGAGAACACGCGACCUGUUUAUUUGAAAAAACUAAAGAAACUGCGCGAUGAGCAGCAACAGAAAGGAACCAGGGCGGGGAAAAACCGAAACAGUGGCGGCGUCAACAACGGCACUAGUGGCGAUGGCAACAGCGGCUACACAGCGGCGGGAGCUUCGGGAGUCGGAGCCAGGCCAGCUAGCGGUGACGUCACGCACCUGAGCCCUAGCAGCCGGAGCCCCGGCGGUCGACCGGGCCUGAACGAAAAGCGAGCUGGCGGAGCGGGGAAGUUCGUUUUGGGCUUUAGCUCGGACGAAUCGGACGUGGAGGCCCCGCAGAAAAAACGAGGACCGAACCACAGCGGCAGGAGAGACCGAGGCUCCGCGUACCACCACCAACAACAACAGCAGAUCAGGCCUACAACGGGAGCUGCCACCGCCGCCCGAAAGAGCCUGGGAGUCGCUGUGAGUACCAGCAGCAACAAUUCCUCUCCCGCCGGGCUGCUGGAGGGGAGGAGAAGCGGACCCGGUUCUCUCGGCUGGGUGGACCGGGGAAAAUCGAGCCUCGAGGUCUCGCAGCCCGCGGAGGGGAAGGGUUAUGACGUAGAGCCCGAAGAGGAAGAAGAUUUCCAAGGGGAGACGGAGAGAGACAGUCGGUCUCUGAAUGGGAACAGGGCGUCUUACUCACUGAAUACCAGUAGUAAACUAGUCGGAGAUUACUCGGAUUCGGAGGAGGAGGAAGAAGAGGGAAUCAUAUCUGGGCAGGACCGUCAACGAGACCGCCGCUUACAGGUACACUGCUCCAGACGGAGUCACUCCUUCAAGUCGUCUCCCCACAGAAGUGCCAGGGGGUCAGAGAGCGGCCAGGAAAAGACUGCAGCCAUGGCAAUCAGGCUAAAUGACACGCCUGGCGCUAGUAGGAGUCGACUAGACAUGAUGGGAGGCCGAGGGGAGGAGGAGGAUGACGAGGACGAGGGAAAGAAGCGAGGCCCCGGCGAAUCGUCUCUGAGCGGGGGCUUGCUGCGACGCCAUUACCCCAGGGGGACCAUCUACGUGUCGGCUGUGAUGGGGGAGAGCGACCGCGGCAGCCCCGGGGAAAGCAGCGGCAACAAUUCCCCGUCCUCCGCCUACAACAAAAACCACGUCGACAGUGAGGAUGGCGCCACUAGCAGCAGCAGCAGCAGUAGCCGAUUCAGCAUCGGCCUGAGACCGCGAUUCUCCAACUACAACACUCUAUCCGCUACUUACCGGCCCAACCAUUCGAAUCAUAGCGGGCACAACCAUGCCUACAGCCAGUCGAGCCUCAAGCACAAACACACGGCGCCGGAGGAUGAGCUGCUCCAGCAAUUCAAGCGGGAGGAGGUGGGGUCGUCCACCGGUGGUUGGGGGUUCAGCGCCCACUACCUGUCCAUGUUGUUGCUCAUGGCCGCUUGCCUGUUCUUCCUCCUGCUCGGCCUCAUGUACCUCCGGAUGCGGGGGUCUGGAGCCUCUGAGGUCGAUGUUGUCAUUAAGAACCACCCGUUUGGCAGCGAGUUUGACAAGUCUUAUAACAAGACGGAGCAGGACACCAUUCUGAAACUCCUACUCAAACUUCAUGACCACCUGGCUAAUGUUGCUGGACAACAUGACUGUACAGACCCGGAGCAGCAGCAGGCCAACAGGAGUCUGUCUAUGGAGGAUGCCUCUGACUAUCUGAUACAGCAGAAUGAGGACUACCGUCACUGGCUACUCCUCUCUCUGGAGUGGAUCAUACGGUCAGGGGAGGAUGUUGGCAUACGGCUGAUCGGGGAUAACCCAGAGGAGACGGUAGCGGAGGUGAGUGAGGUGACUCGUCUGGAAUCGACCCACCCCAAAAUGUCCUUCUCCUGCCGCUUCAGAAGAGCCUUCUUUACAGUCAUCCACAGGCUGCUGCUCAUCCUAACAGUGAUUGGUCUGGUGUGGGGUGUAAUCUACUACAUGAAGUACCGUUGGAGGAGAGAGGAGGAGGAGACCAGGCAGAUGUAUGACAUGGUGGAGAGAAUCAUCGAUGUUCUGAAGAGCCACAACGCGGCAUGUCAGGAGAACAAUGACCUCCAGCCCUACCUACCCAUCCCUCACGUCAGAGACUCCCUGGUCCAACCCCAGGACAGAAAGAAGCUGAAGAAGGUUUGGGACCGGGCCGUGACCUUCCUCUCAGCCAACGAUAGCCGUAUCAGGACGGAGUCUCAGCGGAUUGGUGGAGCUGACUUCCUGGUGUGGAGGUGGCUCCAGCCGUCUCUGAGCUGCGACCAGAUCUCACUCAUCCCCUCCAAAGUCUGGCAGGGCAAAGCAUUCCCUCUGGACAGGAGGAACUCCCCUCCCAACAGUUUAACACCGUGUCUCAAGAUCAGAAACAUGUUUGAUCCAGUCAUGGAGGUUGGUGAAAACUGGCACCUGGCCAUCCACGAGGCCAUCUUGGAGAAGUGUUGUGACAACGACGGUAUCGUCCACAUCGCUGUCGACAAGAACUCCAGAGAGGGCUGUGUCUAUGUGAAGUGUCUGUCAUCAGAGCACUCAGGGAAAGCCUUCAAGGCGCUACACGGCUCCUGGUUCGAUGGGAAGCUGGUGACGGUGAAGUACCUGCGUCUGGACCGCUACCACCAGCGGUUUCCCCAGGCCCAGGGCUGUACCACCUCCCUGAAGCCCUCUGGUACUCACAUGAACACCAUGUCCAGGCUACGUCACCACACCAGCCCUGAUACCAGCACUAACGCUAACUCUCUAGGCUUCUCCUGAGGGGGGGGGGCAGAUUACCCCAGCCUCCUCUCUCCCUCAACCCCACAGCUACCAACCCAACCAGCUCCUUCUUACCACAGUGUAACGGUCUCACCUCAACACAAGCCCCCCUUCCUUCAGUCUCCCCUUAGCCAGCCUCCACUGGGGGUGAUGGUGGCUUGGUCUGUCAACUCACAGGGCUGGGUGAACCGUCUGUCUCGACUCACAGGGCUGGGUGAACCGUCUAUCCAACUCACAGGGCUGGGUGAACCGUCUGUCCAACUCACAGGGCUGGGUGAACCGUCUGUCUCAACUCAC